GGUUUCAUUACAUAUUAUAGAGAUAUAUAUACACAAUGCUCACAAAAUGUUUCAAAAAGUUACUUCUUCUAACGUAAAACUAAUAAAGUUCAGAGAAGAAUUCCUCAUCGCGUUGAUUGGUGAAGAAAUUCAACCAGUUUCAAAAAAAAUUAAAUUGCAAGAGCUACAUUAUUUAGAGAGUUUGCCACCUACCGAAAAAAAAAGAGCGCCCAACAAAGCCUUGUCGUAUAUGUACCCAAGCAAAAAAACGCCGAGAAACGCGUUAUUUCUGUCCAGUCUGCAAAGAGAAGCCAGCCCUUUGUGUGGAAAAUUGUUUUAAGAAUUUACACAAAAAACAAUAAAAUAUUAUGCAACCUCUUGAAUUUCAAUUAAUUUUUAUAAUUAUAUUUUUUGUUAGUUUCUAAAUAAAUUUUCUGUUCGUGCAAGCUAGCAUUGAUUUUUUGUUCUUUUCCUAGAAGCCAUCUAUCUAUAUUAGCACUGAUAUAUUACGAGUUUAAUCGUAAAUGCACAAAAAUGGUAAGUAAACAUAGGACGAGAUAACUCGUAGUUGGCGUCCUAAAAAAGAUCGCAAUCUACGAGUUAUCUCGUAGUUGGCAGUCAACGUGUUAAUAACCAUCCAUCAAAUUAAGUACAUAAUUAUAAAUUUACGAUAUAAUUUCAAAUAUUUUGAAAAGAUGGUAGGGAUUUUCCAGAUUCCAGUAAAUAACUGGACGAACAGAAUACGUGAUGGCUAUUUCGCUUUAUUCGUUCGCAAUUUUGUCGUCCAUAAUAUGUCUUUUCAAUGCUAUAAUUUACCAUUCACGCUGUUUCACCCAAUUUGAAUUGGAAGACAUAUCUUGUUGGAUGAUAACGUUCAAUAAACUCGAAUUUGAUUAUGCAAUGAGCCUCCAAUAUUAUUUUUUGAACAAAUCUCAAACUCUCCACACGAUACUGCCGCUUUGUUUGCAAUGCUGCCAAUAGAAGCAUGGAAACCUGUAGAACAUCAAUGCCAUCUGCUUCUCAACGCAUACUGACUGCUCACCGUCAUCCCGUCAAGAGUACAUUUGCCCGAAAGAGACGGCAAUACUGCAUCGAACAAACGAUUGGAGCAAAGUAAAAGCCAGCCGCGCGCCCCCGCGGUGUCUAACAACUGCCAUCCCGUCGGCGCCCCUCGCUCCACUUCUUAUUUGUUCUCUUCUGUACAGUAAACUUUUACGCGAGACGAGAACCCACGAAGGAAGAAAUCUUGUGCCGCGGAACGUGUACAGCGAAAAAUAUACAUGCAAUUGGUCUUGGAGGCGAUCUUUGCGAAAAUCCGUUUCGAUUUCACAAGGAAUAAUUGUCCGUGCGUCUCGGUGGAGUGCGAAAAGUGUCGGGACAGUGGAAGCGGGGCAGCAGGAAAACUGUUUGGGGUGAAAAGCCUGGAGCCGAAUUGAAUGGGAACCGUUCAGAAGAAGUCGCGCAACAAAUCGACGACGACAGCGACGGCAAAAGCGGCAACGGAGACGACGAGCGCGAAAUCAUCGCGGAACUUGUUUACCAAAUAAAUAAAUAAAGACCGGAACAUUUUUGCGAGCGAGAAAAUUGCGUAGUGUAGAAGCGGCGCGUGGUGUGAGAAGCGACGGAAAUCCGCUGAGACCGUGUGGGAAAGGAGUUGGCACGGAGAUCGCGAUCCAGUUGGGUCCCAAGUGGAAUUUACGUGAAUUGGUACCGCAAGUUGCCUUCCGUUCCGGGAGCCACUCGUUCGCCAGGAGCUCAAGAGCCUCCAGCCGAGUCCGUUCAGGCUGCAAGUGCCCCCCGGGGGAUGCCUGCCAGCUCGCGGAGUGCGCUGCCGAUCGUUCUUCCGUGUAACGAGUCAUCCAGCCACAGGAGGACGGACCAGAAUCCUGUGGACUUGCCUUCCGCCUGAAACCUUAGUGGCGAGACCCUUUCGAUAUCAUUUUCGUGGAGAAACAGCAGAAAUCCGAGUACGAGCUCGCCCCGAGGGAGAAGUUUUCAGUGGUGAAAAGUAGGAAAAGGAAGUGUUGAAGUUGCCUAAGUGUGUGCAGUGCGUGUGCGCGGAAAAUCCAUUUUUGAUAUCGCAAGUAAAAAGAGGAAAGCAAAGUUUUGACACGACACGACUUAAGGAACGCCGUGAGGCUGACAAAAGCGAAAACGGAGCUGCCACGGGUCGGCGACAACUUUCCAGGACGUCUAAAUCGGAGUCUGGCUGAACGUUAAUCCACGAAACUGUCUGUUCUUCGAGGAAAUACACUUUUCAAUAAUGAAGAGACGAAAUGCCGAUUGUGGCAAAAUACGACGACCGAUAAAACGUAACAAAAUCGCCGAAGGGAUGUACGGAAGCACUACAAUUCUGUACAUGAAAUUCUUGAUUCUUUGGGCCAUUGUGAUAACAGCCGACUUCAUGUUUAUGUUCCGUUUUGAAUUCCUGUGGCCAUUUUGGCUCCUUUUGCGUUCAGUUCACGACUCAUUUAAAUAUAAGGGUUUGGCAUUUUCAGUGCUAUUCGUAUGCAUAGCCAUCACUUCAGAUCUGGUCUGUUUAUUCUUUAUACCCGUGCAUUGGCUAUUAUUUGCCGCAAGCACAUAUGUUUGGGUACAAUAUGUUUGGCAUACAGACAAGGGAAUAUGUUUGCCAACGAUAAUCCUUUGGAUGCUUUUCGUGUAUCUGGAGGCCGGCAUUCGGUGGAAGGAUAGUAGGCAUAUGCCACAUUUAGAUUUAUGUCGACCGUUUGCAGCACACUGUAUUGGCUAUCCAGUGGUAACGUUAGGUUUUGGUUUUAAAAGUUACGUAGGAUAUCGAAUGCGGCAGCGAAAACAGCGUGAAGUUGCAAAAGAGAAUGAGUUCUACAUGCAACUGCUGCAGCAAGCGCUGCCGCAAGAUGAAGCCUUGGAUGAUCUGCAGAAUCUUUCAGCAAACGGCAGUGUUGUGGUAUCGGCCACUGCAACAAUGUCGAGUUCUGGCGCAGCACAAACAAUUCAUUCUAAUUCCAUAGCAUCCGAUCACCAUUCAAAUAGUCAUCAUGGCGACGAUAAAAACCACAUAGGACAUAUGAACUCAAGUCAAACGACAGCAAUACAGCAUCAGUCAUCGUUGCCUAAUAAUCAUCAUCAUCAGCACCAUCAUCAUAAUAAUUUUAAUAAUAGCUCUAGUAGUAGUUCUAAUAGAAACGCUCAAAUAAAUAGUAAAAUGAAUCACAUAAGUAAUUCAGUGACGACAACGACUACGGCCACAGCUAACGGCCAUGUCGGAAACAGUUUGAAUAAUAGUCUGACUUCGUCAAGUAGUAGCAGAAAUCAGCGGCGGAGUGUUGAUAAGGACAGGAACGAUUCGAAUCAGCAACAAGCAAAUAGCGCAAGUAACAAUAACAACACGAGCUUUAGCAGUGGCAAAUCGGCCAAUAACAAUCAUGUUUCAAGCAGCUCCUCUGGAGAUGGGGCUGCCAGUCAUAGUAAUUCUAACAGUUCGUCGAAAUCGUCCUCUGCGUCAAACGCAUCAUAUCUUAAUCAGUUGUCAAAUAACACUCAAAAAGAGUCCAAAGACAAAGACAAUUGGGACAGUUGUUCUUCGUCAACGACGUCUUCAGCGUCCUCCAACAGUUCCGUGAAUUCAUCAAAAGACGGUCGCGCCUACCAGACGAACAGCUAUGAGAUGACUAAUGGCAAUCACCCGUCGUUAUCGACAAGUGAUAAGAAAAAUCAACCGAACGGUAAUAUCGCCCAUUAUGAAGUGGAGGAAGUUGUUGCUGAGCCGAUUGAGAAGGUAAAAGGUCGACGAAAUCGAAGUAAAAGGGACACUCAAGGCUCUUCCAAAGACAAUCAUGCAAACCACAACAGUGGUAACAGUUACACAUCACAGCAAGCCAACAACAAUAGUAAUCAACAGCAACACAAGGACUCUACGACAAGCUUGGACUCAAGUACUUCCUCUUCUUCCUCCCUGUCAUCAUCGGCCUCAGCGGCGGCCGCCACGAUCUCAAAUGUUGCCUCGCAAAUCGUUUCGAAAGUUUGUGAAACAUGUCUUCGGUUGGAAGCUGAAAUCAAAAAGUAUCGAAAUGAAAUUAGUCACAUGAAACAAAUAGAAAAUGAACUGCGUCAAAAAAUGGAGUCGAAUGCCAUAAACAAGUCCUGUUUGCAGGCCAAACAGCGUGAAAAUGAUGAAAUGGAGAAACGCAUACAAGAGUUGAAUUCAUGUCGGCAAGCAGAUAUGGCAAAUCUACAAAACGUCGAGCGGCGUCUAAACGAUGAGCGGCGACAGCGGCAAUCAUUGGAGUCGUUACUUAAUAAUGAGAAGAAAGCUCGGAAAUUGGCAGAAGAAAAAGCAAAUCGAGCAGAAUGUAGUGAACAGUGUAAGCAACGGAAGAUGCAAUUGGAACAGGAAAUAAAGCAAUUGCGACGCGAACUGAAGGCAAAUGAAGAUGCUAAGCAAGUGGCAGAACAGCAGGGACGGAAAUUCGAACAAGAACUAAGAAUGUUCGAAGCUGAAGUGAGAAAUCGUGAAGCGCAACAGGGCACCGAAGUUCUUAUGUCUGCCUUGGCUGCAAUGCAGGACAAGAACAGUACGUUGGAGAAAAAUUUAUCGGCAGAGACGAGGGUCAAGCUGGACUUGUUCUCGGCUUUGGGUGAAGCCAAACGACAGUUGGAAAUUAAAGAUAGUAUGAUCCGAAGUAAAGACGAAGAAGUUCUUGAUUUGAAGGCAAAAAUCGCUCAACUAUUAGCUGUAAUGCCAACCGAUUCGUUAUGUCUGCCGCAGUGCUCGACAACUGGUUCAUCAAUGCUUCGCAUGAACGAUACACCGCCCCUCCAAGGGCCAUCUAGUCCAAUAAUGAGUCUUGCAGGUCCUACACAUCAACAGCUUAUGGCGGCGGCAGCAGCAGCUGCAGCGGCUCAUCAGCAACAAAUGAACUCUCGAGGCGGAGGCGGUAUGGUUUCAAACGUUGUGACAGUGGUGACAUCGGCAAGCGGAGUUACAAAUGCAGUCACAUCGUCCGGCAAUGUCAAUGCUAACAAUGUUAUUACACAAACAUCGUCCAAUCUAGACCCGAAUGCAACGGCUUAUACUCCGAAAAAUUCUUCAUUGGUCGGUGGUGCAGAAGCCUGACAUAAGCGUAGGCAGGUUUGAAGUUAUUAUCAGAAUCAUCAUAACAACAACCACCAUCAGCAACAACAUCGCCAGCAACAUCAUCACAAUCAACACCACAGUAUCCACCAACCGAGCAACAACAGUAACAACAACAGCCAACAGCAAUCGCAACAACAGACGAAACAUUCAAGCAACAAAUCGGGUCGAAAUUUGCAUCACCAACAUUGUGAGAACAGUAAUUGCCAUCCUUCACAGCAACAACCUCAUUUACAAUUAAAGCAAACAAAACAGCAUCAUUUUCAGCAACAAGGACUUAACGAGUCCAAGUCACAAUCGUACGAUAACACCAGUCGUGUGCCGUUGCAACAAAAGCAACAGCAAUCGUUUUAUCAAUUUUGAACACGAUCCGUUUGAUCUUCUAAAUUGAUCCCUUUGUUUUUGCAUGAGCUCAUCGAAGAGUGAUCGAUAAGGGUUGCAUUUGAAAGCAACAAGCUAAUCCACUCGCUAUGAAGUCGGUGCCGCGUGCAUGAUUUCGGCUCGAUUUUUUUUCCCCCGGGAAACAUCUGAUCACAGAACCCGCCCUCAAAAUUUCACCUUUUGCUAUAAGUGACAUAAGUAAUUAAUUUGCUGGUUCCAUGGGGUUGAACAAAGCUUUGAAAGGUUCAUUUCUGGAUUAGUACUUUCUUUUUAGAUUAACAAAGAAAACAAAAAAAAAUUAAUUUAUUAUUAUUAUUAAUUGUUAGUUUGUACAUUAUAUGUGCGUGUGAUAAGCACUUAAAAACGAAAGCUGUAGGAAAGCAAGUAUUGAGAAGAAGAAAAUUCAGUUUAGGUUUUUCUAUUUGUCUUCGCCUGGCCAACGGAGGGACUCUCUCCUUAGCUGAAAUAAGUUCACCUGUAUGACUAGCGAUUUCGACUUAUCCGCCCUCCUCUCUCUAAUGAUCUCUCUACAUCAGACGUGAUGAAAUUUUGUAAAAAAAUGUUUUCGGAUUUUAUCCAAAGAUAAUCUUCGCAAAGUUAUUGACUAAGUUCACAUGUUUGUAUACUAUUUUUAUAAGACUCAGUUAUGGUUGCCCGUGAAUAUGCUAAUCGAGCUGAUCUUAUGCAUUCACCGCGAAAAAGGAAUAGCCAUCUGAGCUUCAGCAUAUCUGCGGACUGAUGGAUUCUUCCUCAAUUUUUUUCCAUGUGCAUUUCUUCCGUUUCGAGUCCUCGGACCCAACUGUUUGUUUAUUUCAAAUGAAAUGCUUCCAUUGAUACCAGUAAAACUGGAUGACGCACAAGCAAUUGCUUUUGUUUAAAACGAAUCAUUUGUACCGAAUGUAUCUUUGGAUAAAUUCUAAUUAUAAUAGGCCUACAAAUAAGUUCUGUCGGUUUUUUUUUUUAAAUUUGAAGCUUUAUUGUGAAAAAUCGGUUGUACAUUAAUUAUUCAAAGUAUUGCCCAUCGCUAGCCACAGCUUUCUUCCAUCUU